GGCCGGGCCCCACCCCAUCCCCGUCCCCCGUCCGCGCCGGAAGCGGCGCAGCGGCGGGCGCGGGCUGGCGGGGCGGAAGCGGCCGUUGCCGAGGAUGAGCCAGCGGGACACCCUGGUGCACCUCUUCGCCGGCGGAUGUGGGGGUACAGUUGGUGCAAUUCUGACAUGUCCACUGGAAGUUGUGAAAACACGGUUGCAAUCCUCCUCUGUGACUCUAUACAUCUCCGAAGUCCAUCUCAACACUGUGAAUGGUCCCAGUGUCAAUCGAGUAACUAGAGUUUCUCCUGGACCUCUCCAUUGUUUGAAGAUGAUCUUGCAAAAAGAAGGUCCUCGUUCUCUGUUUAGAGGGCUGGGUCCUAAUUUGGUAGGCGUUGCUCCUUCCAGAGCGAUAUAUUUUGCUGCUUACUCAAACUGCAAGGAAAAGUUGAACAAUAUUUUCAAUCCAGAUUCUACCCAGGUACACAUGAUUUCAGCUGGUGUGGCAGAAAAUGCACUUAAAGCAGCCAUUAAGUUUUACCUGCAAGGUUUUACUGCAAUCACAACAACCAAUCCCAUUUGGCUAGUAAAGACACGAUUACAGCUUGAUGCAAGGAAUCGUGGAGAAAAACGAAUGAGUGCACUUGAAUGUGUCCGAAAAGUUUAUCGAUCAGAUGGUAUUAAAGGCUUUUACAGAGGAAUGUCAGCAUCCUAUGCAGGCAUAUCUGAGACUGUAAUUCAUUUUGUUAUUUAUGAGAGUAUUAAGAGAAAACUACUGGAGUAUAAGACUGCUUCUGCCAUGGACAAUGAGGAUGAAUCGGCAAAAGAAGCUUCGGACUUUGUUGGAAUGAUGAUGGCUGCUGCCACUUCCAAAACUUGUGCAACAUCAAUAGCAUAUCCGCAUGAGGUUGUACGAACAAGACUAAGAGAAGAGGGAACAAAAUAUAGAUCUUUCUUCCAGACGCUAUCUUUGCUUGUGCGAGAAGAAGGGUAUGGAUCCCUCUACCGAGGUUUAACUACACAUCUGAUCAGACAGAUUCCAAACACAGCUAUCAUGAUGUCAACCUAUGAAGUGGUAGUCUACUUGCUUGAUGGAUAGCAGCAUGUCAAGGCUUUCUAGAGGAAGCUGGAAGAUUGAAAGACUGAAGUGGACCAUUGAAUGUCAAUGCCAAAUGCGGUGGGCAAAAGGAAAGUUAUAUCAGGAACAUGCAGCUAUGGACAAAAUAGAAGGUUGUGGGCAACUGAAUAAUUUUGCUGCCUUAUUGUAUGGUCUCAGAAACGUGGCAAAUGGGAGCUGCCCCUUAGGGAAUGCAUUUAUACAUCUCUUAAUUCCAAAUUGCUGCUUUCUUUUCGUCUGUUAAUCUAGACAAUGCUAUUCAGUCUUCAGAGACCUGAUGAGUGAGAGAGGGGGUGUAAAACAUUCUUGGGCAGCCUUAUUCCCACUUAGUGAUUGCUCUCAACUACAUCCUGUUUUGUUCUGUUUUACUGCACGGUAACCUGUUGGAAGAAUGGGGAAGAUGAUACUUUCAUACCUUUCCAUACCUGAAAUUUCCAUUCGGUUGCUCUGAAGUUCCAUGUAGAGAUUGAGGUAGUAGUCAGUGUGUAAAGUUUUCAGUGUUGCUACCUCAAGAUAGGAUAUGGCGCAGGGACCCAGAAUUGAAUUAUUUCUUCACUUCAAAAAGGUGAUGCUUGUUGGCUUUUUUUUUUAAUAAAAGUUUGAGCAGUGUUCUAGGUUAGUGAGAGAGGAUCUGAUUGCUGAACUCUUCAGAUUAUCAAUCUCUUAAUAUUGGUGUAUGUGGAUUUCUAGUUCUGCUGCAUCAUUGUUUUAAAUUUCUGAAAAUUUCCCUCAUUUUUAGAAGAAAGACCUAUGAAACACUCUUCUAUAUCAUCAGUUUUCCUUGCCAACUUGUCAGGUCACUUGCACAGCUAUGGUAGUAACUGAAUGCUGCUACUUAGCCUUUUAAAGGAUACUUACUGUGAUAGGAAAUCUUGCCUAGUCCAGCCUACCAUUUGUGAAGACAGGAUUUAUUCAAAUAGCUCAAUGCUACCUAAGAACAAGCUGUUUUAUCCUAAAAACUUCAGGCAAAGCCUGACCUAGCUUACCAGUAUCUGUAUUGGUGUAGAGGGGAAGAACAUGCAUCACCGUGGUUAGGGUGACCAGAAAGCAAAAAAUGUUGAAGCUGAGAUAAAUCUCUUCAGUGCAGACAGCCUCUGUACAGAAUGAUGGAGAAAAGAGUAAAUGAGAUUUAUUUUUUUUGGUAAGCAUUCCCCUUGAUAAUUGCUGUAUCACUUCUUCCAACUUGAGCCUGUGUACAGAAUAGCAGUUGACAGUAUAACCUUGUCCUCCAGAUUGUUUGAAUUUUCAGGAAUUGUUUUUUGUUCUGUAAACCAGCUGCAAAACCAUGAGUUGCAUUCAGCAGCAAGGCUUAGCUAGUUAAUUCUGUCAUAACUUACAGCAUUUUCCAAAAUCACACAGUGUCAAAACCAGAAGUUUACUGUUACAAGAACUUCUGUAGGUUUCCAAACAGAAAUCUUUUAUCUGCACCUAGAAUAUUUAUCAAUAUGCAUCCAUGAUCCUUAUGAAGAAGAUGACCAUUGUAAUUUGGGGGCGAUAGCUUUCUACAUAUAAAUGCCACUACACCGGUAUGACAGAACUGUGCUAUCAACUCUUCCAGUGUGGUGCUUCAGUAUACUUAAACUGUGCAUUGUGUGCAAUGGCUUUCUUAUAAAUGACUCCUUAUGCACUUUGUGGCCUUCUGGCUUGUGACUUUUCUUCCUCUUCUUGAUUAUCUGUAGUCAAGCUGUGGUUAGUACAUGCUGUUUGGUUUUAAACAAAGCAUGUGGUUUGAUUUCCGUGCAACUGCAGGAUAAAGCAUUUUAUGCUGUAGGUCUAUAGGAUCUCUGUUGCAGUAGUUCUGUAGGCUGUAUGUGAAAACUUGAAGCUUACAGAGCAAUCAGUCUGUUUUUUUUUCAUUCCCUUUCCUUUAUUUUGAUCCUUGUCAUGUUCUCCAUGCUGCAAAAAUUUUGAAUACUUCAUGUAACUACUAAUUGCCACCUAUAGCACGUGCAGUGACCUUGCAGUGGAAGCUUGGCUGUACUGACUUUUGUCCUUGGAAAAUCAUGUUUUACCUUUUUAAAGACAAAUACUGUGGUCUGUGAUAUGUCUGCAAAGGUGAACUUGGUUGAUUUAAAGAAGUGAAGGGAGUGCUUAAAUGUGUGCUCUAAAAUGCACCUUUUUCUAGUGAUUUCUAGGAAAAAUCUGGAGUAUUAUGACUCUGAAUGAAGUCUUGCUGUGAUGCCAUUAUUCGGAUAACUAAACUAAGUGCAGGAAUAGCUGCUUAUUGUAGCUUUAAAUCUGUAGAAAGUGGAUUACUCUUCAGGCUAUCCAAGUUAUUUGGUCACAGACAAACUUUAACUUGGCAAGACAACAUUCAGCUGUGGAGUUUGUGAAUAUAGCUGACAUUAAGCCUUGCAUUAGCCUAGGCUUCAUGCAAGUUGCUCUCCUUUGUUUAUUGGAAACAGUCUCCAUUGAUUACACGUACAUCUCUUCCAUUAAUUCACUGGGUACCUCCUGUGUGCCUUCUCUGGGUGAGAUCCGAUCCCUGGAGUUGCUUUCAAAACAAAAGUUGAAGUAGAGAAUGUUGACAAGGCCAGCUGAGUAUGGGAGAUAGCAGCUAAAACUAGACAAUCAGCUUACGGUUCCACCUUUUUCAUGGGGGUUUAAGCAAUGUUUUUGCCUUCAGGGGUGAUCUUGUUUUUUGGCUUGCUUUAUAUUAUAUAAACCCAAAGUUUCUUGGCUUUUUCAUUAAAGUACAGUACAUACAAAGUUACCUCUGAAAUAUUUCCCAAAGAUCUUUAAAUUAUUUAUAUACUUUUCCUGAUAUUUAUUCCAAAAGCUCAAAGGGAAUAAGAUGAUGCUACACUCAGUAAUAUCCUUAACUACAGAACCAAAAGGAGUGCAUUUAAACUUUCUUGUAACUUAAAUGGUCAUCAUAAUUUCUAUUUGAAUGUAGCUUAUUUAUGUCACUUUUUUUUGCCCCCUGCUAAAGAGGCAAAUUGGUUUUUGGAUGUUUAAAACAAGCCUCAGUAAUAAGUUUCUCUCCACAAUUUCCCUUGCCUAGAUAAUAGAUAAACCCUUACAAGCUACUAGUUUUCACUCAGCAAAAGGUUAGAUUUGGGAAGCACUGAGCCUGUACUUUGCGGAACCAGCCCAAAGAUGGCAGUGGAGCCUGCAUUGCUCAGAGGGAAAAAGGGCUGCCUGUGUGACUGUGCUGCUUGUCACCCAACUGCUGUAGCAUCCUGGAGGUGACGUGGCAAGGGUGGCCCGAGUUUGGAAAGCCAGAAAAAAUCGAUUUCAGCGAGUGCCAUAACAUUUCACUGCCCCUCUAAUUGCCCUACAGUCCCUGUAGUGCUGUGUGCUGACAGGUGAGUUGUGGUGUGUUGCAGGGGGCUGAGCCCAGCCUUUAAAAUGACCGAUAGAUCUGCUGUUUGUCUGAAUUACUCAUCUGCUAGGCGGUUAUUCUAAGUAGUUUUACACUAGGGUUUUAUGGAGUUUUUGUUUAUUUUAAUCGUAACUGAAACAUCAGCCUGUCCAUUAGUACGUUGACAUUGCACCUAUCUAGUUCCCUGUUUACAUAAGGCACUCCAUUUAUUUCCUUUCUAAUUGAGAUGUUUCUUAAUGACAGCUUCUGCUGUUAUGUUUUUGUUCUUACAAUUACGUUUGUAACAUUCCUCAGACUGUAGCAUUUGAAAAGAAUACUUCCAGAUCCAAAAUAUUGGAGAGCCUCUCUAAAUGUUGCUUCCUGUUUAAACUGUUUAAAUUCAGAAAACAAGCUGAACACUGAAGUGUGCCUAGGUAAAUGUACUCCUUUUUCAGCUUUUGUCUGUAAAGAUUUAGUUAAGUAAGUUUUCAGUUCUUCUAUUUAAGAGAGUCUGCCUACCCUGCAUAUGUGAACUUAAUUAUGCCCUAGGAGUCAUAGCUAAACACUCACAAAUGACAGUUCCAGAAUACUUUCAUGCUCCUGUGAGGUUUGCUAUUAUUCUUGCAUACACGUAGUUGGCUGUAAACUAUGUGCAUUUACUCUGUAUUUAUAUAGUUAACUCUUUUGUUUGGAUUGCUUUAAACUUCAAAGCAAAUUAAAAUGAUGUGCUUCUACUCAAA